CGUACCACUCACGAAGCUGCUGGACCGACGGGGUCUCACGGGAACGCGGCUGCUGCUGGCGCUGGCUACCACCAAAGCCUCCACGCUGCGCAGCUGCACCUCGACCAGCACCACCGCCGCCGCCACCUCCACCACUGCUGCCGCUACCUCCACCACCUCCGCCGCUGCCUCCACCACCUCCUCCGCCGCCACUGACGCCCCCACUCCCGGUACCACCCCCACCUCCACCGCCACCCCCUCCGCCUCCUCCACCGCCUCCGCCGCCGCCCCCGCCAUCCCCUCCACCACCCUUGCCCCCCCUGCCCUUGCUGUUGCGGCGCCUCCCACUAGGAGCAGACGCAACCCCGACCUCCUCAGUGCCAACGAGGUCAACAGCAGCAGCAGAAGCAACAGAGGGGAGAAGGGGGACAGGGGAACACCCCUCAAAGAAAGGGGUGCGACGGUCGCCGCGAGAAGCACCUACAGCUAA